ACUAAGAUGAAUGUGGAAGUGGUUGGACGGAUCCGGCCUUCCAUCAGGGCUGAGGGAUCAGAGUCCUUGGUUGUAGAAGGUCAAAGGAUUGCAGCCAAAUCUGGUGGCCCUUUUGUAAACUUAACCAAUCUACACAGAAAAGAUGCUACAAACUAUGAUAUAUACAAACAGUCGGUGGAUGACCUGUCAGAUCUACACAUGGCUGGAUUUAAUGUGUGUUUACUUGUUAUGGGGGAGAGCGAGUCUGGGAAAACGUUCACAAUACAAGGGGAGAGCACUCACAAGGCAGGACUUGUUCCUCUGAUCCUGGACUAUCUUUUCAGCAAACUCACUGGAGAUCAGUAUAUGACAGAUACAAAAGUAAGAAGACAGAACCCUCAUGUCACCAUGUCCAUGAUAGAGGUGUACAAUGAACUGGUGAAGGAUCUGCUGCAGGUUCCGGGAAGUGGCGGGGCAUACUUGGAUAUUCAUGAGACUGCAGAGAAAGGUGUCCAUGUCAAGAACUGCGGUGUAGCUGUGCUGAGAGACGCCUCAGAUGGUCAUGCUCAGUUCCGUCAGGGAAUGGCACGACGGACAGAAGCUGCAACAGAUUUUGGUCCAGCUACCAGGCAUGCUGCCACCAUUAUUCACAUUGACCUAGAAAUGAUAAAACAUAGAAAGUUAGUAGGAGAUAAUCUAAAGCCGAAUCAUUCACGCUUCACCAUCGUUGAGCUUCCUGGAUUGGAGAAACUGAAUGAAGAUGCUGCUCAUUUGAGACAGAGGGAGGGGCCAACACUUAGUAGAGCUCUCAUUGGUCUGAAUUCACUUGUCAUUUCAUUGGCCAGCAACCCUUAUGCAGACCGUGUUAUUAGCUACAGUGAUUCCAAACUGACUCAGUUGUUGAGAGAAGAGUUAGGAGGGAAUUGCAAGACAAGAGCCCUGCUGAACAUCAAGCCUCAACCCGAUCCCAGCACUUUCAAUGCUAUUGUACAAUUUACAAUACGGCUCUCUCAAGUGAAGAAUUUCCCCAUCAUCAAUGACUCCUAUGCUCAGGAGCUGAUCACCCAGUAUAGAGCCCGAAUUAUUGAUCUAAAACAGCAGUCUGGAGUAGGUCCUGCACCAAUGACACAAAUCAGCAAUCUUAACGAUGUCAAGGAAACCAUCCGACAGCUGGAGGUUGAAAAUCUGAGAUUAAAAGAUGAUAAUGAGCGAUUAAAGACUCGCCUAGAUGGAAUGCAGAAUAAAUUUGGGAGCAUGGCUCACACCAAAACUGACCUGUCUCAGCAGUUACUGAUGACAGAGGAGGAGAAACUCAAGGUGUCACAGUCUCUGGUGGAGAUGCAGAUAGAAAACAACAAGAUCAGAGAGGAAGCUGAGGCCACCAAGUUUGAAUUAACCAAUAAGAUUCUAAUGCUAGAAAAUUCAUUGUUGGAAGCAGAAAACGAGCGUGAUAAAAAUUACAAAGGUACUCGGAAUGCCAGGGAGAGACUACUGGAGAUGGAGAAGGACAGAAAAGACUUGGCAGAUGAAUAUGUUGUCUUAAAAACAAACUACCUAGCUCUUGUCAGGGAACAUGAAAAAGAAGCUAAAAGGAAUGAUGAACUUAGCAUUGAGCUACUGAACUUGGUGAAUGCCAAGGCAGCAUUAAUGAAGCAGAUUCACACCUUGGCUGAUAAUGACCCUGAUGUAGGGGACCCUGAGGCUGAGGUCAGCAGGGUCAAAGCUCUUGUCAUUAAGAACUCCUCUGGCAAAGUCAAGGCUGAUGAGAUACUGGGUUCCCAGACAGACAGGUCACAAGUAGAAAACACAUUAUUCAACAAUAAGAAACGUUAUGAGAGAGACAUGGAUCGACUCAAGAAAGAGCACGGGGAUGACAGGCAAAAACUGGAGGCCAAACUACUUGCUGUUCAAAAAGAGUUACAGGAAUCCCGCAACUUGGCUCGGGAAAGACAGCGUCGUUUGGCUGAACUGAAUGCACUUUCAUGGUGCUACAACAAUGAUGCUUUGAUUGUUGCACGAGGAGAGAAGGAGCAGUUAGAACUUCAACUAAACAGGCUCCAGCACAAGGUCAAGGACCUGGGAGAGGACUACAGGGGGAGACUCAUCAAAUAUGUGGAGGAUAUUUCUGAAUUUGUGGACAAAAAUAAUGCUGGACCUGAUGGUAGGAAUUCUGCUAGGAUGAGAGACUAUGUAGAAAACAUGCACAAGGACAUUUCUCGUUCUCACAAAGAGCGGGAGGAGCAAUUAAGUAUUGCAGCCCAGCAGUAUCGAGAGAGCAAGCGUUCUCUGCUGCAUAAGUAUGAAGAACUGCUCAUUCAUUACAGGAAUUUACGACUUCAGUGUGAAGAGAGAGGUUUAGAUGAUAUCGACAUGGGACCUGACGAGACUGAGUUAAAACUGUCAGACUCAGAAAUCAACUCUUCCAACUUAAGAGAAAUUACACGCCUAAAAGGCGAAGUCAACAGACUCAAACAAACUGUAGACAACUAUAAAAAUAAGUUUGGUGUGUCGGAUGUAGAGGAUUUGAGGAUGAGACCUGGUGAAAAACCAGCUGAGACCUGGGCUGCCCUGCGUAAACAGUUGAGAGAGUACACACUAAAUACACAGAGGGACUUAGAGGAGGAAAGAGCCAAACUAAUGAGUGAAAAUAUUGUGUUGAAAGAACAACUGAAAGAAAGUCAGGACUACAUUGAUCACCAUCUUGUUCGGUAUAAACAAGAGAUCGUAAAGUUGAGGAAAAUGCUAGGAUAUGACACGAACGGUUCACCAGUGUUGGGUGCUCCCUCAUACAGGAGGGGCAGAAGGAAAUAGAACAGGAGACUUUCUGUGUGGGAUAGGUGUGGUCCAGUCUGUAGCAAUCACAGCCUAUCAUAGAUACCGCUACAACAGUGGACAAUAGCGUCUUCCCUGUAGAGAAAAUAGUGCCAUCCAUACCAGCAAACAGUGCUUUACUGUUAGUGCUCUUGUGUUUUAUGUAGAGCAUCUGUGAUAUUUUCUGUGAUAUAAUUAUUACUUCUAGAGAUUGACCAUGUAGAUCUGUCAACUGCACGUUUUAUUAUAUAAACAUUGUCAAAGCACAACAUUUAAGUACUAGUGAUCAAAAUGGUAUAAAUUCACAUUUAUGAAAUGUUUGAAGGUACAUGUUCAAUUAAGAAAUUCUUUUCAACAAACGCCAUUCUGUGUAGACCAAAGACCUAGGAAUAUCAAAUCCGACUUGCAAAAACCUGUUUGGCCCCAUGAACUUAAAUUGUGCAAUGAAUCACAUUGCAUACACUCCUAAUGGCACACACUUUAGAUCAUACCAAGCACCAGACUUACUUUUGCCAUUUCAAAAUACAUGGGCUUUACAAUUCCAUUGGUUUGGCCUUUGAUAUCUUUGCAAAUUGUAAUGAUAGCCAUUUUCUCAUGAAUGUGUAACAGUCGUAGUCGAUGCACGUAUGAGUAAAGAUAAAUAUAGUAUAUCUACUAUAACGGCUAUGAAUUCUGACAGAAAUGAAAGUAGAAUGUGAAUAUAAGAAAUAAACUUCAUUUUUGAAAAGACAUAGGGUAUGAACAGCAAAACUUCAUGCUGGUAUACUUUUCAUGAAGUAUCCUGGCAUGAAGAGUUACAGUUCAUCCCCUCAUGUAUUUUCAAAACUGAAAUUUAUUUCUUAAAUAACAUUUCAAUGAUGAUACCAGGUAAUAGAUGCACAUCAAAAACAGUCUGUUAACAUGCUUUUUAACAGUUUGUACAUUGAUUAUGAUGUAGACUGUUACUGUGGGUAAAUCAAAGUUAUAAAUACUAAGCUAAUGUAAUAUGCAAUUUCUUUUUCUUACAGAAGCAUAAUAAAUGUUUUAUGAACUUA